GGCACGAAUUUCACACGCAAACUGCAAGUGGUGAUCGUUAUCGAUCAGAAGGUGCAGAAAAAUCUGAGAGUACGAGAAAUGGCAUUAAAGGACGUACAAAAUGUCGCCGACACACUGAACGUCAACUUAACGCAAAUUGACUUCGACCGAUUGGAUUUUGGUGAGACAACUGCGCUCGACACGUUCUACAAUGCCGAUGUCGCCCUGGUGGACGUCACCGUGCAGCAGCAGCAGCCCAGUUUGUGUUAUCAUAUCGGUGAGGAGGCCUAA